CUACACACACUGAGUGGGACCGACGCGAGGCACCAGGAAAAGGGCCUGCCCGAUCGCUGUCCCGCAAUAGAAAAAAGGGAACUUCAACAGGCUCAAAAGACAACCGGCCGGGUAGUUGACCGGGUCCAGAAAAACUGCGGGGGGAAAACAAAAUUUAACGGGCAGAGAACCAUCAUAUAAAACCGUUACAAGAGGGACCGCUAUUCGAAACAUACGUCGUAAAGAGGACUGCAGCUGGUCGAGAAGGGAAAGUGGUCAGCAGCAGUGAACUUAUUUCGUUCCCUGAUCUGUAAAUAAUUGACUCUAGUCGUUGUUUUGCCUCCCGCGGUCCCAUUCUCCCGCUGCACUUGGACACCGUCUUCGGUUCACUUUUGCAAGAGGAAACGGCGGUUAUAUUUUAACACCUGCUUGGUACUAUUGCUGCAGAUUGACACACAUAUUGUUCGCAGCGAGCGGACUUGAGCGGACUCAGCUAAAACUGAGUUAUGCAUGCUUGGUAAGUGCACCUCGAAGGUUAAUACUUUGAACGUAAAUAGGUCGUCUCCACUGUUCACUGAACACUAGGCUACUGGAGGCGAGGUAGGACACGCCCGCCAGUAACAGGCUACCUAGAACUUGGGACCUCUGGCACCAGCUCAGGUCUGAUGGUGUAGCCUGCAGUUGUCCUCGGAGACUUGAGUGGUAGAGAGUACAGAGUAGACCACAACCACGGAGGGCGGGACAGAUAUAGUCUCCCCUCUAACGAAGGAGAAUCCAUUGUUCGUGGAUAUUAACUUAUUUAAGGGAAGGUCGUUAUCUUUUUAGAUGACCGCGCCAGAGUCAACAAAGCCGUUUCCCCCUUCACCUUUUCUGCGUGAGACCUAGGGUCAACAGAACUUAAUCACCGACCCAAACUUCCGCGCCUAGGGUUUCCGCGUGGAGUCUGUAAGCCAGGAGUUAAUUUCGGUGACCUCGUCAGUGACCGGACUGGGAUCUGGACUAUGAUGGCAUCCUCGUGGGACAUCUCGGCGUGGUUGCUGUGGAGACGGGUAUUACUUUCUUCACUCCUGGUGCUGUGGGUCAGCGGUCCCCGGUCGGAAGCGGGACAGGAUGACGCGUUCCACGCAGAGGCAUGGUUGAGGAUGUACGGCUACCUCCCCCAGGCCAGCAGACAGAUGUCCACCAUGAGGACAGCCCAGAUCCUGGCCAAUGCUGUGGGGGACAUGCAGCGCUUCUAUGGCCUGGAGGUUACUGGCACCAUGGACCCUGCUACCAUCACGGCCAUGCGGAGACCCAGGUGUGGUGUGCCUGACAAGUUCGGAGGUCAGAUAAAGACCAAUGUGAGGAGGAAACGCUACGCUCUGACUGGACACAAGUGGAACAAGAGUCACCUGACAUUCAGCAUCCAAAACUACACCCCCAAGGUGGGGGAGUACAAUUCAUUUGAGGCGAUUCGUCGAGCUUUCAAGGUGUGGGAGCAGGUCACGCCCCUCUCUUUCGACGAGAUCCCUUACCAGGAGAUAAAAUAUGGCCGUCGAAAGGAGCCCGACAUCAUGAUUUUCUUCGCCUCCGGUUUCCACGGUGACAGCUCACCCUUCGAUGGCGAGGGCGGGUUCCUGGCUCACGCCUACUUCCCUGGGCCUGGCAUGGGGGGAGACACACACUUUGACUCUGACGAACCCUGGACCCUUGGGAACCAGAACCUGCAAGGUAACGACCUCUUCCUGGUGGCUGUCCACGAGCUAGGCCACGCCUUGGGCCUGGAACAUUCCAACAACCCCAUGGCCAUCAUGGCUCCCUUUUAUCAGUGGAUGGAGACAGAUAACUUUCAGCUGCCCGAGGAUGACUUGAGGGGUAUACAGCAGAUCUAUGGUCAGCCAGGCGGCACCCCCACCCAGGCCCUCCCAACAGUGACCCCCCGCCGUCCGGCCAAGCCGGAGCCCCGCCCCCCCCAAACCCCCCCUCGACGUCCGGACCGACCCCGCACCACCGAGCGUCCAGACCACUACGGCCCCAACAUCUGUGAGGGCAACUUCGACACGGUCACAAUGCUGAGGGGGGAGAUGUUUGUCUUCAAGGGGAGAUGGUUCUGGAGAGUUCGGAGAAACCGGGUCCUGGACAACUACCCCAUGCCCAUCGGACACUUCUGGAGAGGCCUGCCUGGGGACAUAGAUGCUGCCUACGAGAGACACGAUGGGAAAUUUGUCUUCUUUAAAGGUAAUAAAUGGUGGCUGUUCCGGGAGGCUAACCUGGAGCCUGGCUACCCCCAGGAGCUGGUGGACUACGGCAGGGACAUCCCUUACGACAACAUCGACACAGCCAUCUGGUGGGAGCCGUCUGGUUUCACCUACUUCUUCCAGGGAGACUGGUACUGGCGCUUCAACGAGCAGUCACGUGCGGCAGACAAAGACUACCCUAAGCCUAUCAGUGUGUGGGGAUCAGCAGUGCCCUCGUCUCCCAAGGGGGCCUUCCUCAGCGAUGACGGAGCCUACACCUACUUUUACAAGGGGUCUAAGUACUGGAAGUUUGAUAACCAUCGUAUGAAGAGUGAGCCGGGCUACCCCAAGUCCAUCCUCAGAGACUUCAUGGGAUGCAGUGUGGACGUGGACGUGGACCCCGACACGUCAGACCCGGGACGCAAACACCCUGACCUGGACCGGCCGCCCGUUAACCCCGAUGCCGGCACAGACAAAGACCGGGACAGGACCGGAACCGGGGGUACCGGUGAUACGGGGUCAGACACCAAUGACGUGGACUAUCGAGAGGAAGUUGAGGAGGAGACCAACGAGGUGGAUGUGGUGCUGAAGGUGAACGACAGCGAGGAGCGAACCAUGAAUAUCAUCAUGGUCACCGUGCCACUGGUCCUGGUGCUGUGCAUUCUGGGAUUGAUCUACGCCAUUAUCAACACUCUGCAGAGGAAGGGCGCGCCACGCCUUUUUGUCCACUGCAAACGCUCCUUGCAGGACUGGGUUUGACAACCUCUGACCCUUGACCUGUACUUGACCCUAACAUAUUCUUUCGACCACUCCCCCUUCAACCACUCCACCUCACCACCUUCUUACCUUCAUCAAUGUGGUAGUAGAUUUAUACUGACAAAUACUGUACAUACACACACACACACACAGACACGCACACACACAGACACACAUUUAAUACCACACUCACCCACUCACUAUACCCCCAUGGUGCUCUGCAAUGCGUUGACUGUAUUCUAUUUAUACCAGAGAAGUUUGCACAUUGUUUUUCAUGUUUUAUGUUGAGGUUCAUAUUGUGUGAGAUAGUUUAUGUGUAUUUGGAGGGUGUGUGACCUCCCUCCUCAGUCCCUUCUCUGUCCUCCCUCUAUCCCCUCUCCUCUCUUCUGUCCUUUAUCACUUUCUCCUCUCUCCUUCCUGCUCCCUCCCUCCCUCCCUCCCUCCAUGCUCCCGCCCUCCCUCCCUAAGGAUUCAGCCCUCUACAGAAGAUCAGAGGACAUACAUAAGCAGGAGAGACACAAAACAUGGUUGUGCUUUUAUUAUUUUAUCUUGUGUGUUUGCGUGAACGGUUACACCCUGUUAGAUAAUGGCCCCUGGUUCUCAGGACUGUAACGUGAGAAGCCCCUGGCCCCUCCAGCUCCCCAGGGCCCCAGGCUCUUCUGCUAAUCUUCUGCUCUCAAACACAGCAGGUGUGUGUGAACACUGCUAACCCGAGCCUUCACCUCCUACCAUGAGCUUCAGGUCUGCCACUACUGGGAUCCUCUCAUCUCAGAGAGAGAGAGAGCCCAGGAGUUAGGGGGAGAUAGCUGGAAAGGGAGGGGGGAAGUGAGACUGGGGGAAGGGAAUGGGCCAUCUGUUGGAGUUCAAAGAGGAGGUUGUGAAGUCCAGAAACUUUAUCUGAGGAGUAUUACUGCUGGGUGAUAGCCAGUAAGACUGAGUUGGUGAUGGUCUGGGUCUGCUUAUACAGACAGGGAAGUGGAGGGCUGGGGUGCGUGGGGCUUGAGGGUGAGGAGAGGGAAACAGAUGAGAGGGGGGAGGUGUUGAGGAGAGACUGGAGUGGGGGCGGGUGUGGCGGGUGAGAUUGGCCUUCGGUGCUUUCCCUGUUAGGACUCUUUCUGGCCUUGUGUCAUGUGACCCACAUUCUGCAGAUAGCUCUACUGUAUCCACCCGCUCUCAGGGCCUGUACAGUCCUGAUAUGACACCACACACACUCCUGAUUUAACACUACAUACACACACACACACUCCUGAGACGACAGUACACAGGCACUCCUGAUUAAACCCUACAUACACACACACACACUCCUGAUAUGACACUAUAGACACACACAUACACACGACACUAUGCACAUACACACCCUC